GAGGCGGGCGCUAGGACCCGGCACCGCCCCGUGCCGCCGCUGCCGGGGCCGGUGCCGCGGCGGGAGGCGCUCCGGGAUGUGGGGUCUGUGGGCAGCGCUGGGCUGCGGGCUGUGUCUGCUGGCGGGCGGGCAGGAUCAGCCGUGGCGGCAGCUGAUCCAGUGGGAGAACAACGGCCGCGUGUACAGCCUCCUGCACAGCGGCGCCGAGUACGAACCGGCGGGGCACGACCGAGCCGCGGGCAGCCGCGUGUUGCUGGCGGGGGCGGGCAGCGUGCGGAGGCAAGCGCCGGGCUCCGGGACCGUGAGGGGACAGACACGCCAUCCUUUCGGCUUCGGGCAGGUGCCCGACAACUGGCGGGACGGGCCGGUGGGAGAUAGCAGCGCGUCGCAGAGGUUGCGCGCAGCCGGCCGCUCCCGGCAGCCUUCCUCCUCCUCCACCUCCUCCUCCUCCUCCUCUUCCUUCGCCUACGCCUCCGUCGCGCAGCCCCUCUACCCCCAAUUCCCCUUCGCCCCCCAGUACGAGCCCCCCCGGGCGUACGACGAAGGCUACACCUACCACCGGAGCACCGGGACCGGCGGCGUAGCCGUGGCGGCGGCGGGGGCCAGCGUGGUUUAUCCCUACCAGCCCCGGGCGCGCUACGAGGACUACGGGGAAGAGCAGAGCCCCUACCGAGCCCAGGGUUACUACCCGGGAGCCGAACGCCCCUACGCGCCCGCCGCCCCGCAGCCGGUGGAUGGGCUGGACCGGCGGUACUCGCACAGCCUCUAUCACGACACCGGGGGGGCACCGGACCCGUACGGCAGCCAGCAGCUCGCCAGCCACGGCGCCGCCUCCACGGACAACCUACAGGCUCCCAGCGGGACCGGGCACGGGGCGCAGCUCCCGCCCUACGAGCCGCAGCCGCCCUUUCGGGCGCUGGAGCCUUACGGGGUUCCUCGCCCCGAGUCCCACCUGCCCGCCAGGAGCCCCGAGGUGCCACAGGCCGUCCCCGACAGCCAAGCGCGGGUCAGCGUGGGCAGCGUCUACAGGCCCAGCCACGGCGGGCGGGGUCUCCCUGACUUGGUGCCGGACCCCAACUAUGUGCAGGCAUCCACCUAUGUUCAGCGAGCUCAUCUCUACUCACUGCGCUGCGCGGCCGAGGAGAAGUGCCUGGCCAGCACUGCCUACACUGCCGAAGCCACUGACUACGAUGUGCGGGUGCUCCUGCGGUUUCCCCAGCGGGUGAAGAACCAGGGCACAGCCGACUUUCUGCCCAGCCGGCCCCGGCACAGCUGGGAGUGGCACAGCUGCCACCAGCACUACCACAGCAUGGACGAGUUCAGCCACUAUGACCUGCUGGAUGCCACCACGGGGAGGAAGGUGGCCGAGGGCCACAAGGCCAGCUUCUGCCUGGAGGACACCACCUGCGAUUUUGGCAACCUGAAGCGUUAUGCCUGCACGGCCCACACCCAGGGUUUGAGCCCGGGCUGCUAUGACACCUACAAUGCCGACAUCGACUGCCAGUGGAUCGAUAUAACAGAUGUGCAGCCAGGGAAUUACGUCUUAAAGGUUCAAGUGAACCCCAAGUACAUCGUCCUGGAAUCGGACUUCACCAACAAUGUGGUGAGGUGCAACAUCCAUUACACAGGACGCUACGUCUCUACGACAAACUGCAAGAUUUCCCAAUCUUGAUGGGAGCGGGGCUAGAGAGACAUCAUCUGCCCCAGCCUCUGUCCCUGUCUCAAAGUGCCUGUGCUGGCUCCUCUGUCCCACCGGAGAACUCAAAACCCAUCAGCAGUUCCUCGAGACCCCCUCCUCAACCGAAAAAUGUCAUUAAAAGGAGGGAAAGCAAGAGUGACUCUUCAAAAUAUUUUUUUAUACUUAACUUUUCUAUAACCUUAAUUUUUUUCCCAUUUCCUAAGGGAAACAGACGCUGUUUUAGCUGGAAUAAAGGCAGGAGCCUGUAAAUGCUGUAUAAAUGAUGUAAAUCACAUAUUCACGAUAGAGAGCGCUGUAGUCUUUAACCCCUUCUGCAUUUUUUUCUGGGGAAGGGGUGUCUCCGGCGAUGCCACCCCUGCAGAGGAGGAGAUGACAGCCUGAAUUUGGAGGUGCUGACCUGGCAAGGAUGCUCAACACCUCUUCUUGAGGUGAAUGCUAUGCUGGGAUGCUCCAGUUAUUUUGGGGACCGAAGGUGCUGGAAAUCCCGUCACUGUAGAAGGGAGCUCACUCCUUUUGUUCAGCUUUUAAAAAUAAGGAGGGAGUCCUUUGAGAUGACUGGAAGUCUCGUUUUGUUAUAAUUAUUAAUAUUAUUGUUAUUUUCACAAGCUUUAAAACCAGAAAUCAUUAA